GAUUGGCCCCGCGGCGAGCCCCCCCCCGCCCCGCGGCUGUGCGGGUAUUUCUCGGAGCAGGCGAGGGUCGCGGCGCGGAUCCGGAGCGCAGCCUCGUCUCACGUGAUGACUCAGUGGUAUCAGCUACAGCAACUUGAUUCCAAGUUUUUGGAGCAAGUUCACCAGCUGUAUGAUGACAGCUUUCCUAUGGAGAUCAGGCAGUACCUGGCACAGUGGCUGGAAAACCAGGACUGGGAACACGCGGCCAACAACGUAUCUUUUGCUACGGUGUUAUUCCAUGACCUGCUGUCACAGCUUGAUGAUCAAUUUAGUAGAUUCUUGAUAGAAAACAACUUUUUGCUGCAACACAACAUAAGGAAAAGCAAACGUAAUCUUCAGGAUAACUUUCAAGAAGACCCAAUACACAUGGCAAUGAUCAUCCACAGCUGUCUGAGAGAAGAGAGGAAAAUACUGAACAGUGCUCAGUUGUCAAAUCAGAUGGAAGUUGGGAGCAUACAGAACACUGUGAUUGGGAUGCUGGACAAACAGAAGGAGCUUGAUGUGAAAGUUAAGGCUGUAAAAAACAGUGUUAUAGAUGUGGAACAAGACAUCAAGACACUAGAGGAUAUGCAAGAUGAAUAUGACUUUAAAUGUAAAACCCUGCAGAAUAGAGAGCAUGAGCCCAACGGUGUGCCACAGGAAGAAUAUAAGAAAGAACAGAUGAAUCUCAAGAAGAUGUUUUUAUCCCUGGACCUCAAGAGAAAGGAAGUGGUGAACAAGAUAGUACAGCUGCUGAACACCACAGAGCAUACACAGAGUGCUCUUAUUAACGAGGAGCUGGUAGAGUGGAAAUACAGGCAACAGACUGCAUGUAUUGGUGGCCCACCCAAUGCCUGUCUUGACCAGCUACAGAACUGGUUCACCAUCGUUGCUGAAAGUCUACAGCAAGUUCGUCAGCAGCUCAAAAAGCUUGAGGAACUAGAACAGAAGUUUACCUAUGACCCUGAUCCCAUCACAAAAAAUAAACAAGUUCUGCAGGACCGAACAUACAGUCUUUUCAAGCAACUCAUCCAGAGCUCCUUUGUGGUAGAGAGGCAGCCUUGCAUGCCAACACAUCCUCAGAGGCCAUUAGUCCUGAAGACAGGAGUACAGUUUACAGUAAAGCUGAGAUUGCUGGUGAAAUUGCAGGAAUUGAACUACAACUUGAAAGUGAAAGUUCUGUUUGAUAAAGACGUAAGUGAGAAGAACUCAGUCAAAGGGUUCAGGAAAUUUAAUAUUUUGGGAACAAACACAAAAGUAAUGAACAUGGAAGAAUCUACUAAUGGAAGUCUAGCAGCAGAAUUCAGGCACUUGCAACUGAAAGAACAGAAAAAUGCAGGUAGCAGAACAAAUGAGGGUCCUCUCAUUGUAACAGAAGAGCUUCACUCUCUGAGUUUUGAGACACAGCUGUGCCAGCCUGGCUUGGUAAUAGACCUAGAGACCACAUCCCUUCCCAUUGUUGUGAUCUCAAACGUGAGCCAGCUUCCAAGUGGAUGGGCUUCUAUCUUAUGGUUCAAUAUGCUGUCUACUGAUCCCAAGAACUUGUCCUUCUUUCUGAAUCCACCUUACGCAAAGUGGUCUAAACUUUCUGAAGUUCUGAGUUGGCAGUUUUCUUCUGUAACAAAGAGAGGACUUAAUGCAGAUCAACUGAGCAUGCUGGGAGAGAAGCUACUUGGGCCAACAAGUGGAGGAUCUCAUGAUGGCCUUAUUCCUUGGACAAGAUUCUGCAAGGAAAAUAUAAAUGAUAAAAAUUUCCCCUUUUGGCUGUGGAUUGAGGGAAUCCUGGAGCUUAUUAAGAAACACCUCCUGUGUCUCUGGAAUGAUGGCUGCAUCAUGGGUUUCAUCAGUAAAGAGAAGGAACGUGCUUUAUUGAAGGACCAGAGUCCAGGAACGUUUUUACUAAGAUUCAGUGAAAGCAGCAGAGAGGGAGCAAUCACAUUUACUUGGGUAGAAGGAUCUCAAAUUGAGCCCCAGUUCCAUUCGGUAGAGCCAUACACCAAGAAGGAGCUCUCCGCUGUUACUUUCCCCGAUAUCAUUCGCAACUACAAAGUGAUGGCAGCUGAAAACAUUCCUGAAAAUCCACUGAGAUUUCUGUACCCAGAUAUACCCAAAGACAAUGCCUUCGGCAAAUACUACUCCAGGCCUAAGGAGGCACCAGAGCCUAUGGAUUUGGAUGGUCCCAAGGGAAACGGCUACAUCAAGACCGAGUUAAUCUCUGUAUCUGAAGUCCACCCUUCAAGGCUCCAGUCUCCAGAAAAUCUGCUCCCCAUGUCGCCUGAAGAGUUUGAUGAGGUGUCUCGGAUGGUGGGCCCAGCAGAGAUUGAUACCGUGAUGUGUUCAGCAUAUUCAACUUAAAGGUUGAGCUUUUUACUGCGUCAUUAACACACCUGAUUAGCUUAUGCAUCCUGCUCUGCCGUCAAUGACAGUGAUACUCUUCAAUUCUUUGGUUUCUCAGCCUGAAGGUCCAGUAGUGAUUUUUAACUAAUGGGAAUAUAAACAGCAGUCUGAGUAGCCUCCUUACAUGCACUCUUUGUUUAGAAGUUCUUUGUUAAAGAACUUCCAGUUAGCGAGAUACCAUGCCAGAGUGGAAGAAGAGAGGAGGAUAGGAAUGAGAGGUCCUCAGCAACAGUGAUGGGAGAAACAUGCAUUUUUUUUAUUUAAAGGAAUUAGUUAAAUUUAACAUUUAGAACAAUUGGCUUCAAAAGAAAGCUAGUUCUUUUGCAGAGGUUCUGUUCGGAAAGCUUGCACCUUCUGCAUAACUACUUCUGAAGCACUUUCAGAGCUUUGAAUUCUCAUCUGCAUCACAGAAAGCAGAGAGACACUCUGCAGGUACAUGCCACACCGAAUCCAUGUGCUGCUCAAGUUUGUCCUGGCUUUAUCUUUUCUAAGGGCAUGGCCUACUGAGGUAACAUAAGCCAAAAAUGUUAUCUGCACUGCAUUUUUGCUAGUUUCUUAAGGCAAGGUCUGAAGUGUCCGCAGAACACUCAUGCUGGAUCCCACACGCACAGUACCUGGGCAGACAGUUCUAGGUGGUCCUGCUUGAGCAGGGGUGGACACAGGGACCUCCAGUGGUCCCUCCAGCCACAACCUGUCUAUGGUGCAGUUGCUACUGCAGCUUCUCAGCCCACUGCCAUCUACUCCCAGUGCCUGGGAGGGCAGCAGCGGCCAGCGUGACCCAUGGGGAUGGCAGAGCUUCUUCUCUACCAUUCAGAAAUGCCAGAUCCAUUAGCUGCGGCUCAGAAAAGAAAUGACUGGUUCAAUUUAUCCCAGGAAGACUGAUGUGCCCCCUGCAAAAACUCCAGAAAAAAUAAACCUAAAGCACCUAGAGCAUAUAUGUAUUUAAAUGGAAAGCAUUGCUAAAUCACUUCUUCUUGGUGCCCUGUGUUACUGAGGUUAUCAGUGCUACAGAGAUUCACAACGGGUGACAACACUUUGGCUUAUUAUAACUAGCUGAAUGGGUAUCUUUACUAAAAUCAAAUAUUUGUUUCUUCAGCUACACCUUGUACUCAUGGUCUAACGGGAGCAGUUUGUUUUUAUUGCUUUUGUACUUUGGUUUUAUUGACCAGGCUUUAUCCAUGGCUUUGUCUUUACAGGGCCAGUAGUUCUAAAAGCAAUGGUUUUUUCCCCUGGUGGAACAGUCUUUUGCCAUUUUAAAUAAAUGGAACUGCCCAUUGACACUUUUGUCCUUUCCUGUGUUUUCUGGCUACUUCUAUUAUAAAGAUGAUGUGUCUGCCAAUAGUUUACUGUACUAUCUCAUUUUAAACUUGUUUUGUUUAGUUGCACAGUUACAGUUCUGAAGCCUAAGGCAAUAUAAAUGCUUUUAAUUCCCCACUCCGUUGCAGGUCAGUCUGCAUUACACAGUUCUUAGAAGGUGGCUGUUAAAAUACUUUUUUUAAUUACUGCUUGUAUCACAUCACUGAUUUUUUUUUUUUUCUUCCCCAACCAAACUUCACUGAACUCAGCUUGAAUUUCUAAUUUGAGUUGAUGAGUUAUCCUAACUGAUCUAUAGCUAAACUUUGCGAGCUAUGAAGCUGGCCCCCUGGUGCAUCAUUUUUCUGUGGAGCUAUUAAGUGACGCAAUCCCUUGUCUCACACGUGUCAGGCUUUUAUAUUAACUGCACAGCCAGAAGAAUAAUAAAAGGAAAGAAACUUUUGGUGAGAUGAAGGCCAGCAGGAGUGAAGAAUAGGCAUGAGGAAGCUAGAGCUGUUGAGGGCACUCAGCCAAUCCACUAGCAUUAACAAAAAACAACCAGGGAGAAGACACUGCUCUAGAAGCGUAGGUUUAAAAAAGAAAAAAAAAAAAAAACCCACAAAAAAAAGAAAAAAAAAGAAAGGCAGCUAGAUCAGAAAAACCGAUUCUCACUUCCUGUAAGCCUUGCACAAUGGACAUGGCCAGAGCAGGUCUUCCUGGGCAGCCUUCCCCAUGACUGAAGGCUUAUUUCAACGUCAGUCGCACAGAUCACCACCACCACCACCACCAUCUUGGUAUUUCCAUUUAUUAUGCUGUAAAAAGCAACACUAUCUGGAUUUUAUUUCUUAAAAUAAAUAACUUUCAUUUUCAGAACCAGUACAGCUCAAGUUUAGAUUCAUUCAUGGGAAACUGCUAGAAAUACAUUCAUCACUGUCCAUUCCCCACAAUAUGGAAUCUAAAAGUCAAGAUCAGCCCAGUCAGUUACAAUGACCAGAAGUACACUGCCAAUAAGUACAGUCACUGAUAGUCCAGCUCAGAAGCAAAGAAAUCUGGUACAAUACAUUUUGUUCACAAAGAUAGGCUAAUUAAUGCUAAGACUAUCACAAUAUUUCUGAGUACAAAGCAUUAAGUUAGCUUAAUGAUUUUUAGGUUGUGAUACAGAAGAAACAUAUAUGACAUAAAAACAAAGGAGUGGGGGAAUCCUCUUUGGAGCAUAAGGAAGUCAGCAUUUGAUAAGAUAACCAAAAGCUAUUUACGGUAAAUCUACAUGUCAGUGUCAUGAAUGAUAAAUAGCCAAACCAAUGUACUGCAUAUAUUUAUAUUCAUAAAUAACGCCAUGUCUAAAGAGCUGCAUCGCUGAAUUGGACAUUACAAAAUAAUGCAUCUUCUCACAAUGAGAAAAUACUAAAUCUAACCAGCAAAAAUGCACCGAAGCUAAGACUGGCUAAAAGCACUCAGUAUAAUUCAGGAAAGCGUUAAGUUCAGGGACAGCCAUGAUCUUUAAUGUUAACUCAGUUAAAAUGCCUUCUUUUGGUUUUCUCUAUAUAUGUUUAUUGUAUAAUAUUAUAUUUU